AAGUGAGUACGGCGGCAGUGGCCAGUGAUAACACGAGCCGUGCGGAUUGAUAUUGUGAACCGAAAUAUACGAGUAUAUUCGUUUUAAAAAUUGGUGUUAAAUCCUGGAUUCAAAAGAUUGAACAAGAUGGAACAAAAACUAUUAUUGAUAGCGGUGCUGUUUUCAUGCGUUUAUGAAUCCUCAGCCAUCCACUGCUUCUACUGCAACAGCGCCAACAAUUCGGCGUGUGCGGACGUGAUGGCGCUGGAGCCGGAGCUGCGCGCGCGCAUCAUCCCGGCCGUGCACUGCGAGACCGCCGUGCCCGCGCCCGCCACAGAGCGCUUCUUCUGCAGGAAGAUCGUACAGACUAUCUUCCACUCGCACCGCGACAGUGAGGUGCGUGUAACCCGUGGCUGCGGCUGGGUCCGCCACCACCGGGAGUGCUACAAGGCAGACAAUGCGGACCACCUGGAGACCGUCUGUCAGUGCUUCGAAGACCACUGCAACAGCAGCGGAAGGGUUAACGCGGCGCUAGCGGUCGCGGCGCUGUGCGCUUUAGGCAGGCUUUUGCUGUCUUAAAAAGUUUUUUUAGAUAAAGUUAUGUAUGUUGUUGAAAGUAAGGCUGCUUUCCCAGUAGCCUAACUGUUGCCUGUUUUUAGCGUAAUCUAUCAAAUUGUAACACUAGGUAGUUUAAUCCUAUAGAUAUUCCGUUAACCCAGUUGGCAGCGAACAGUUUGCCUGCUGGGGACGCAGUUUCAGUAUAAAUGCGAAUUAUUGAGAUUAUAUGUUUUUGUUGUGUACAAAGGUACAUUAAUAAGAAGUUCUAAAAAAAAUGCGUAAAAAAGGUUUCUUGAGGAAUAUCUAUAAAUAUCCUACGAGGACGACUUGGCUCGAUUGCGAUGUACCAAUUUUUUUUAUAAAUAACACCGAUAUGAAAAUUGUAAUAGGAAUAUUAAGUUAUUAUUAUAGUCUGCCUACCAAACUAAAAGCUCAACGCAAGCAAAAAUAUUUUAUUUAGAAUGUUACAAAAAAAAACAGAAUAAGUAAUAAAUAUAAAUAAAUUUUUCACAUUGAUAGUGACUUCAAUAAUUAUACAUAUAUUAUAAAUUAUACUACUUAUAAAGAAUAUACUUACCUACGUAUUCGCAU